CAUGGAAACAUGGCGGCGCGCUGAGAGAUUUGCAGAGUUCUGAUAAACAUGAACUUUUAAAUAAAUAAAUACAUCAACGUUUCGUAUUAGAUUAUGUUAACCACAUUUACGUUUGCAGAGACAUUCAAAACGGAAUAAUUCCAGGUGUUUCAACUGAGAUCUGCGGGAUAAAACAUUGUAAAAUGAUGUUUAUUAAAGAAGAGAGUGAGGACAUGAGUUAUCCAGAAUCAUGCAGUUCAAAUGUCAUGAAAAAUGAAGAUACUGAGGAACAAAGAGAGCUGAUGGAAGUGAAAGAGGAAAGUCAAGGACUGAAUGAAGUGAAGGAGGAGAAACACAAUCCGGAUCAGACACUUUAUAGUAUAAAAACUGAACAAAACUCUUUUACCGAGUCUCAGACUGAAAAGAAUUUCUCACAAAAAAACCCUAAAAGAACAAGAACCAAAUAUUCUUUCACCUGCCCUCAUUGUGGAAAGAACUUCUCAGUGAGAAGUCACCUUCAGAGUCACUUAAGAGUACACACUGGAGAGAAGCCUUUUACCUGUCCUCAUUGUAUGAAGAGUUUUGCAGAGAAAUGCAACCUUAUUAGUCAUGUGAGAAGUCAUACUGGAGAAAAGCCUUUCACCUGCCAUCAGUGUGGAAAGAAUUUCACACGUAAUGCAAGUCUUAAAAAGCACAUGAUAAUUCACACUGGAGAAAAGCCUUUCAAAUGUCAUCAGUGUGGGAAGAAUUUCAGGGAGGCAUGUCGUCUCAAAAAUCAUUUGUCUUUUCAUGCUGGAGAAAAGUCAUAUAGCUGUGAUCAGUGUGGCACAACGUUUUCUUCAAGGUCAGUCUUAAGAAUGCACCAGAAAAUUCAUGUAAAAAGUUUUUCACAUGUACACAGUUUAAAAGACCAUCAGAGAAAUCACACUGGUGUGAAAGAUCAUGUGUGCUCUGAGUGUGGGAAGGCCUUUCAUAAAGCUUAUGGCUUGGAACGCCACAAAAGAAUUCAUACUGGAGAAAAACCUUACAAGUGUUCACAUUGUGGAAAGAGUUUCACAAUUUCAGGAAACCUUAAAGCACAUGAGAGAGUGCAUACUAGAGAGAGGCUGUACCACUGCACUUCAUGUGGAAAGAGCUUCAUUAGAUCAGAAAACCUGAAAGCACACAUGAGAUUACAUACUGGAGAGAAGCCGUACCACUGCACUUCAUGUGGGAAGAGUUUCUUUAGGUCAGAAAACCUGAAAGAACACGAGAGAGUGCAUACUGGAGAGAAGCCAUACCACUGCACUUCAUGUGGAAAGAGUUUCAUUACGUCAGGAAACCUGAAACUACAUGAGCGAGUACAUACUGGAGAGAAGCCAUACCACUGCACUUCAUGUGGGAAGAGUUUCUUUACGUCACAAAACCUGAAAGAACAUGAGAGAGUGCAUACUGGAGAGAGGCCGUACCACUGUACUUUAUGUGAGAAGAGUUUUAUUAGGGUAGGAAACCUGAAAGGACAUGAGAGAGUGCAUACUGGAGAGAAGCCGUACCACUGCACUUUAUGUGGAAAGAGUUUCUUUAGGUCAGGAAACCUGAAAGUACAUGAGAGAGUGCAUACUGGAGAGAAGCCGUACCACUGCACUUCAUGUGGGAAGAGUUUCAUUACAUCAGGAAACCUGAAAAUACAUGAGCGAGUGCAUACUGGAGAGAAGCCGUACCACUGCACUUCAUGUGGGAAGAGUUUCAGCAAUUCAAGCACUCUAUUAACUCAUAGAAAAAAACAUUGUCCAGGGUUGUCUAAGUGAGCAAAGUUCAUAUUUAUUUGUCUGGCAAAUAGUACGAUAUUUAGAACAAGAAAAAACUAAAUGGAAUUUCUCUAAAGAACAAUUAAAGAUUAUGUAUUUGUUAUCUUCAAUA